AUGGGGAUGUCAUUGUCAUAUCCACUGGUGAAAGAGCCAGAAAGUUAUGUUGAUCCUGAUUUCAAUGAAGGUAAUGUCAACAACCUUUAGUAGCUAGCUAACACGUAACAGUUAACGUACAUAGCUAGCUAGUUAACGUUAGCUAGCUAGCUAAAUUAGUAACCUGUGCAUGGCUGGUUUACCAUUCUUGUUUCCAAACGCCACACCAGACUCUGACGAGAUGAAUUUUGCAAUGGAAAUGCAUGAGAUUAAUCUGCGCUACACAUAUGACAUGAUCCAGCAGAGGAUCCACUCUAUCAAAGAGACCGCCAAAUUUGACAGUGAGUUUGGACCUCAUAAUUUUUUGGGGAAAAUUAUAUAUUUUACAUUUUUUACAUAUUCUAUUAGAAAUAGGACAUGUUUGACUUUCAGGAAAAACAAAUUGGUCAAACUCAGGCACUUAAAUUCCUGUUAGGUGCAUAAAAUUAAUCCCAUACAGUCAUUGCAUAAUGUUAAAGCCCUGUUAGUUGCAUAAAAUUAAUCCUAUACAGUCAUUGCAUAAUCCUAACCGGGUUGAAAUUUGUAACCUAAAUUAGCCAUAGCACUGUGGGUGAUUGAGAUUAAGCUAUCAUAAUGGUAAACACUUGAAUAGGAUUUUAAUGUAUAUAUGAAAUGUAUUUAACAUUUUUGAAAUUUGAUUAAUUUUCUCUAUAAUUUAGCCUAACAACAGGGUGGAAAUGUAUGAGUUAGACAAACAGACUAGCAUUAUGAAACAUGGAAAAAUAGAUACAACCGAGUGUAUAUACACUAUAAAUACAAAAGUAUGUGGACACCCCUUCAAAUUUGUGGAUUUGGCUAUUUCAGCCUCGCCCGUUGCUGACAGGUGUAUAAAAUUGAGCACACAGCCAUGCGAUCUCCAUAGACAAACAUUGGAAGUAGAAUGGCCUUACUAAAGAGCUUAGUGACUUUAAACGAGGCACCAUCCUAGGAUGCCACCUUUCCAACAAGUCAGUUCGUCAAAUUUCUGCUUUGCUAUAGUUGCCCCGGUCAACUGUAAGUGCUGUUAUUGUGAAGUGGAAACGUCUAGCAACAACAACAGCAGCCCCGAAAUGGUAGGCCACACAAACUCACAGAACUGGACCACCGAAUGCUGAAGCGUGUAGCGCGUAAAAAUUGUCUGUCCUCGGUUGCAACACUCACUACCGAGUUCCAAACUGCCUCUGGAAGUAACGUCAGCACAAGAACUGUUCGUCGUGGGAGCUUCAUGAAAUGGGUUUCCAUGGCAGAGCAGCCGCACACAAGCCUAAGAUCACCAUGCGCAAUGCCAAGUGUCGGCUGGAGUGGUGUAAAGCUCGCCGCCAUUGGAUUCUGGAGCAGUGGAAACGCAUUCUCUGAAGUGAUGAAUCACGCUUCAACAUCACCAACUUUGUGGCAACAGUUUGGGGAAGGCCCUUUCCUGUUUCAGCAAUGCCCCCGCGCACAAAUUGAGGUCCAUACAAAAAUGGUUUGUCGAGAUUGGUGUGGAAGAACUUGACUGGUCUGCACAGAGCCCUGACCUCAACCCUAUCGAACACCUUUGGAAUGAAUAGGAACGCCGACUGCGAGCCAGGCCUACUCGCCCAACAUCAGUGCCCGACAUCACUAAUGCUCUUGUGGCUGAAUGGAAGCAAGUCCCCGCAGCAAUGUUCCAACAUCUAGUGGAAAGCCCUUCCCAGAAGAGUGGAGGCUGUUAUAGCAGCAAAGGGGGGACCCACUCCAUAUUAAUGCCCAUUGUUUUUGGAAUUUUGGAAUGAGAUGUUUGACGAGCAGGUGUCCACAUAAUUUUGGUCAUAUAGUGUAUAUAUUUUGUCUUGCAUUGCUUUCCCACCCAAAAAAUUAUGAUACUUCCUGAACUUGAUGUCAUUGUGGGAAGGGGCGGUUUUCUAAAAGGAGAAUUACUACAUAGUAACAGGGUGGAAAGUGAUAUCAGGGACACACAGAAAAUGUUAAAUACAAUAAUAAUAAAUACAAUAAUCAUGAAAAAAAAACGUUUUUCAUUAGAGAAAUUUUAACUAGGACUAUAAAAUAAUGAAGAAAUACAGCCUUAACAGCCAAAUACUCCAUCUAAACGUAGGCAGGGCAAACCCAUUUGGUGAAUUCUGGUAUAUCAUGAAUUAAAUCAAUCACAGCACGUUUUUAGACUCAUACCAUUGGAAAUUAAUGUUGAAAGUUCCAUUUAUAUUCCUAAAACUUUUGUUGAAAAUUAUGCUGUCGCUGCUUCCUGUUGACAAGACAUUUUAAUAAAUAGCCCAAUGUCAAAACACAGUUUUAAAGUGUCCAAAUCAAUAACCAAUAUGCAGAAACAGUUUGUGAUAGAUUGAAAACCUAAACAUUAAAAUGUAUUAUCUACACAACAAUAGUAAUCAUAUUACUUGUAUUUUUUAAACGAGCACCUUAUAAACUGCACAUGCACCAAAAACCCUGUUGUUUUGACAAUUGACAAUAAAUCACUCAUAUUGAUUAGGGAGGAAAUCAGGUUGUACAUGCUGUUGAAACUAACACAACUAAAAAUCCACAUGGAAACUGGAGGUAUUUUUUACAUCACAGGUUAGAGGACAACCUGCAGAAGAUAGUCAGCUACAUUUCAAUGUUGAAUUUUGAUACGGGGGUCGCCAAAACAGAAAGGGAAACGCAACACUGUUUUGUCAAUUACUCAUAUCGAUAUCAAGUUCAAAUCAAUAGAGCGAGGGGGGGAUCAGGUUGCACGUCCUGUUAAAACUAACACAGCUCAAAAACCAUACAGAAUCUGGGAAUAAUUUGUAUAUCACUGGUAGAGGACAACUUGUAGAAGACAAGCUACAUUUUUAAGUGUUGCGUUUUGAUUGAAGUGGAUCGCCAACGCGGCAAGUGUAACGUAACAACACUUUCUUGUUAAUCAUUCAUAUCAUUACACGUUGAACUCAAUAGAACGGGGGCAAAACGUUUGGGUAGUAUGCGUUGUAUAAACGUACAUUAUACAAAGGCCACACGGAAACUUGGAAUAACCUAUACAUGGUUGAUUAGAUGAGAAUUUGUUGAAGUCUUCUAUCUAUAUUUUGGAAUGGCGGAUGUUGAUUUCGGGAGGCUGCCAUCACGGAAAAGGGAACAAACCACUUUUUAUGAUAGUUAACUUCAACGAAUCACAACCCGCCUUAGGAUAUCAACAGUGACAACAGUUGGUUGCUAUUUAAGUGAUAGUUUGACUGUCAAAUCAGAGUAUUGGUGUGUGGCCAGCGACUUUUAUAGAGAGACCGCCCCGAAUUAUCCGUGCCAUUUGAGAAAUAAAAUAAUAGCUGAGUUGUAAGUCCUGCGACCCCCUGUUGACAAAAUCAGCAGUACAAAACCAAAUAUAUUGAUCUGUUUUAAGCAAUUGAUCUUGUGUCAUCGUGUUGCCUAUAAACUUUUCUACUAACAUCACCAAUCUGAGGUCAAAAGAAUGUGUACAGUGCGUUUAGAAAGUAUUCAUACCCCUUGACUUUUUCCACAUUUUGUUGUUACAGCCUGAAUUUUAAAUGGAUAAAAUUUAGAUUUUGUGUCACUGGCCUACACACAAUACCCUAUGAUGUCAAAGUGGAAUGAUGGUUUUUCGAAAUUUUUGAGUCAAUAAGUAUUCAACCCCUUUGUUAUGGCAAACCUAAAUAAUUUCAGGAGUAACAAGUGCUAAACAAGUCACAUAAUACGUUGCAUGGACUCACUCUGUGUGCAAUAAUAGUGUUUAACAUGAUUUUGAAUGACAUCUCUGUACCCCACAUACACAAUUAUCUCUAAGGUCCCUCAGUUGAGCAGUGAAUUUCAAACACAGAUUUAACCACAAAGAUCAGGGAGGUUUUCCAAUGCCUCGCAAAGAAGGGCACCUAUUGGUAGAUGGGUGAACAAAAAAAAGCAGACAUUGAAUAUCCCUUUGAGCAUGGUGAUUUUUUUUAUUACACUACAAAGAUACAGGUGUCCUUCCCAACUCAGUUGCCGGAGAGGAAGGAAACCGCUCAGGGAUUUCACCAUGAGGCCAAUGGUGACUUUAAAACAGUUACAGAGUUUAAUGGCUGUGAUAGGAGAAAACUGAGGAUGGAUCAACAACAUUGUAGUUACUCCACAAUACUAACCUAAAUGACAGAGUGAAAAGAAGGAAGCAUGUACAAAAUAAAAAAUAUUCCAAAACAUGCAUCCUGUUUGCAAUAAGGCACUAAAGUAAAACUGCAAAAAAUCUGGUUAUGUUUGGGGCAAAUCCAACACAACACAUCACUGUGUACCGCUCUAAAUAUUUUCAAGCAUGGCGGUGUCUGCAUCAUGUUAUGGGUAGUGCUUGUCAUCGACAAGGACUAGGGAGUUUUUUAGGAUAAAAAGAAAUGGAAUAGAGCUAAGCACAGGCAAUAUCCUAUAGGGAAAUAUGGUUCAUUCUGCUUUCCAACAGACACUGGGAGACAAAUUCACCUUUCAGCAGGACAAUAACCUAAAACCUCAAGGCCAAGUAUACACUGGAAUAGCUUACCAAGACGACAUUGAAUGUUCCUGAAUGGCCUAGUUACAGUUUUGACUUAUAUCGGCUUGAAAAUCUAUGGCAAGACUUGAAAAUGGCUGUCUAGCAAUAAUCAAAAACCAACUGGACAGAGCUUGAGGAAUUUUAAAAAAUAAUAAUGUGCAAAUAUUGUCCAGUAGAGGUGUGCAAAGCUCUUAGAGACUUACCCAGAAAGACUCCGAGCUGUAAUUGCUGCCAAAGGUGAUUCUAUCAUGUAUUGACUCAGGGCUGUGAAUACUUAUGUAAAUUAGAUAUUUCUGUGUUUCAUUUUCAAUAAAUUAGUAAACAUUUUCUAAAAACAUAUUUUCACUUUGCCAUUAUGGGAUAUUGAGUGUAGAAACAAAUCUGUGUAAAAAAAUAUAUUUAAUCCAUUUUGAAUUCAAGCUGUAACAUAUGAACAUAUGGGUAUGAAUACUUUCUGAAGGCACUGUAAUUCCCCCCAAUUCGAUGUGGUCAAAAUGUCAGCUUGUGUAAUGUAAUAACACAUAUAGUACUGUCCACAUCAUGGAAAGUAGUGUUAUAUAAAUUCAUUCGAUAUAGCAAAAUAAUAUAAUAUCUUAAUUUAGGAUGAUAUUAAAGCAAACUUACAGAUUUUUUCAAUAAUCACAUACUGUAUACACUGCGUGUACAAAACAUUAGGAACACCUGGUCUUUCCAUGAUAUAGAUUGACCAGGUGAAUCCAGGUCAAAGUUAUGAUCCCUUAUUGAUGUCACCUGUUAAAUCCACUUCAAUCAGUGUAGAUGACGGGGAGGAGGCAAGUUAACCACAUAGAGUCGAUUGACAUACGUCAAUCUAAGUAACAUAAUAAAAUAAACCCCAUCAAAAUGCUUCCGUUUAAAUUAAGAGAUCUGUUUUUUUGCAUUGGAUGCGUCUCAAUCCACCACAUCUGCUGAUGUCGCACUUUCUCAUCUGUGGUGAAAGAGUUGACUCACUUCCGUCUGUUUUCCAUAAACAAGCGCUGUAACAUGGAAAUAUGGCCGUGUGGGAACCCUAACCCUAUAAUGGUGUGUAGUAAUUGUACUUUUUUUUAAAAUCUUGAUGAUAUGAAAGAUAUGUUCCUUAUGUUUCCAAAACCGUACCGCAAGCGAUGAGGGUUAACUUUUAGAGCAAGUGUCUGGGCUCUUAACAAAACUCCCCCGAUACUAUCGUCAAUAGGCGCUAAAGAGAGUUAGCGUCUAUGAAUGGGAUAACUAGGCUAUACAUACUAAAUCAUCUUUGGCUAUACCAUCAUGCAAUGCAAACAAGCUAACAUUAGAGCGUACCAAGAUAGCCUACAUAGCUAGAAGGCCUACUUGUGUGGAUUAUUUGGCCUGCUGUGUUUUAUAAAUGUAACCCAUGUGUAUCUGCCUGCGUGCAGAGUAUAGCUAUGACUGGAACACCAGUGUGUUGGAUCUGAAGAACAAGUUUCCCCACUGGACAGCUGAUGACCUGCUCAACCUGAGACGGCAGUUUGAGAUUUUUGACACCAACAAAGACCGCCUGCUGGACUUCAGCGAGUUGUGAGUGAACAUAGGACAUUCAGAUGUGACUUUUGAUGUCAUGUGGCUACUCAGUGAUAUUUAGCUGAAUGCUAGGUGGCUGUAGGUGGCAGCACAUAUACAAAUUCCAUCUACAAUAAUGAGGUAGGCCUACUAGUAGUCUUAUUAUGAGUCUCUGUCAUGGUUUUAAACCAUCACACUUGAAUAAAGUGUGUACUGCUAGCACAGACACCUCCCUCUACCCCCUGACAGUUGCGCUUCUCUGAACAUGGUCAAUGAUGCAUCAACUAUGGAGGCCAGAAAAGAGAUGUUUAAUACGGCAGACAAGGACAACUACAAGUCCAUCAACUUUGAGGAGUACCUCCAGGUAGAGUACACACAUAAUGGAAUUGUUUCACCUGUUUUGGACAUAUUAUUAGAAGCGGUGAUGUGAUGUUUCUGCAUCUACUUUCAACUAAAACCUUGUUAGCUUGUAUUGCACAACAGAGGAUGAGUGUGUCCCUGUUUAUUUUGUGUCUAGGCCUAUAUUGUGAUUAUAUUGGUCUGUAUUGUAACUGUUGUGUCCCCUCCAGCUGAUGUAUGACCUUAAGCAGGGCACCCCGGUCCCCAAGCCUCUCGAGAGCGAGGACGACAAGGACACGGCCACCGGUGACAUCAUCUGUGAGGUGGCACGCAUGGACACCUUCCAGCAGAUGUGCUACGGCGUCUUCUAA